AUGUUGCAUUUUGCUUUAUUCCCUCCAAGCUUGCAUCUCUCUUUCAAAUUCCUCACUGUAUAUUUCUUUCUUGACUCAGUUGUCUCUCACCCAUUCGAACUCUAUCUGUUCCAGCCUCCCCAAAGUUUUGACCUCAUUGACUCGUACUUUGGAUAUUGUUUCACUAUUUUUUCUAUGCUCUCUUCUGAAAUUGAAUCCGGCUCUUAUCCUGUGUAUAAAUCCAAUAGCUCUCUGCUAUUAUUAAACUUGGCAAAUUUCGAUGCCUUAGAUGCAAAUGUUUUAAUACAAUGAACAAAUAAAUGGAAUAUUAAUUAUUGUAUAAGUAAAUAUCAGAGAAAUGUUUUCUUACUAAGGUUCUAUGGUGUAGUGGUAGCACGUAGGACUUUGAAUCCUGAGAUCUGAGUUCAAUUCUCAGUAGAACCAUUUUUAUCUUAG